AGUCACGUGAGCGAGCCCUGGCCUUAAAGGAGACGCCAGGACUGGUCAUGUGACCCAGCCUCGCUACUCGCAGGGAUGGAGCCGGAAGAGGGGGUUCCCUUGUGGCGGCUGCAGAAGCUUCCUGCCGAGCUGGGCCUGCAGCUUCUUCAUAAAAUAAUUGAUGGCAUUUGUGGCCGAACUUAUCCUCUCUACCAGGAUUAUCACAGUGUUUGGGAUUCAACAGAAUGGAUGCAUGUUCUAGAAGACAUUACCAACUUUUUCAAAGCUGUAGUUGGUAAAAAUUUAUCUGAUGAAGAGAUAUCUCAGCAGUUGGAUCAGUUGAAUUCAUCUCAUCAAGAAGCUAUCAUGAAAUGCUUAAAAAGUAGGAAAGAUGAAAUCAAGCAGGCUCUGUUGGAAGAAAUAGUUGAUAUUUCCUCUUCACAGCUACAGGAUUUUGAUUGGCAGUUAAAGCUUGCACUUUCUAGUGACAAGAUUGCUACACUACAAAUGCCACUUUUAAACCUUCAUCUAGAUGUGAAAGAAAACGGUGAAGUCAAGCCGUAUUCUGUUGAAAUGAGUAAAGAAGAGCUGCAGAAUCUAAUAAAUUCCUUGGAAGCAGCUAAUAAGGAGAGAAAAUGCAGGUAUGAGAAUGGUUUUCUUUGCCAACUGGUUCAGAAAGACACCUCCUUUUCCCACAGUGAAUUCCUACUGAAGCCUUGGUGAUGAGUGCUGAUUGUUCCAGGGUGGACAGAGUAUCUAGGGGCCAAUCAGGAAUGGUUGCCAGUCCCUUGAUGUACCAAGGACUUUUUGAAAUAGGAAAACCGAAACAAAACAAACAACUGUUAGAUCUCUUCAGUUCGAAUAAGGAAAUUCUUGGUUUGGAGAAAUAGAAACAAACUCAAAACUAUGCUUAUCCUUCCAGGAACUUAGUAUUUUCUGGUUUGAAGUUCUUCUGUUGAAAAGGUUUUCCUUUCAAAUGUUUGUGAAGUUGCAGCCUCUAACAGUGGAGUUUUCUGUCAGUUGAUUUCAGUUAUCUGGAAAAAGCAGGAUUUAAGCAAAAGCACAAUGUAUUCUGGACCUAGACAUUGACUUGAUUAGUUCCAACAGGGCUUUUUUUCUUAUUCAAUUGAUGUGGACCCUACUUGGCACAUUUUGGAGCCAAAAUGUCUUACAGCGAUGGCUCCCUGCACUCUUCCUGGCACUUAAAAUGCUGGCAAUAAAAGCCUUGCCUUGCUAAGUUCUUACCUGCAAGAAAGACAUUGAUCACUCUCAAAUGUUGCUAAGAAACCAAUCUAUUUCCCUACUUGCUUAGAAUUUCUGAAUUUCUGUGGAUACCAUCACCCUCUCUGGGACUGCCAGUCUGCAUGGAAACACAUCUUAUGGCAUAAUAUCCCACCAUUCCGAAGACUUUUUCAAGAAUACCAGGACUUGGGAGAAAUAUAUUUGAGAACAUUUAAUUGCCAGAUUCUCUUUUAAGUUUAACUAGCACAUACCAAACAUAUCUCAGGCCCCCAGUUGAAAAAUACUUGUCAAUACCCAGUCCAUUUAUACCAGUACUUCUUUUUACCCUUCAAAAACAGUGCCAUGGUCACCUCUGGAUCUUUCAGGCAUGAAUCAGCCAGUUGGUGUUAUCAAUGUCACUGGCUAUCUCCUCCUUUUCUCCUUCCCAUCAUUUGCGCAUUCGACUGUUUACCCUGAUCAACCAUCCAUCCAUUUCUAUUAGAAAGUAUUAGAAGUUCUGGGAACACUUGUGGAAGGAAAGAAGGUACAAGCUAAAGCUAUUGGUGCAAAUGAAGCUUUGGAUUCCCUGUGGAUUUUGAUCACGUCUUCUAUUCUUGACCCCCUCAACAGCAUGGAUAAUUUGGUAUCUGAAUAUAUGAGUAGCCACAAGUGACUGAUAAAAACGUGUCAAACUUUUCAUGGCACGGUUCCAGGAGCAGCUCGUUAAGAUUCCUGUCUCUGCUGGUGUGCUGUUCCUGAGCCCCAGGGGUGUGCAGACUUCUUGGUAGCUCCAGUCCCUUUCAGUGGGGUUGAGGCAUGAGGCAGUGAUCACAGACACCUGGCGGAAUUACACAACUGUACACACACAAUGUCAGAGAAAGAGCAAGAGCUAAAAAGAUUCUGGUUUGGACCCAAAUCACUAGUCAUUUCACUUCAUGAAUAAAAGCGAGUGCCUUGUAAGCUUACAUUAUUUACAAUGCUCGUAUUUUUCAAACAUCCACCCAAAAGCUGAGGACCACCACACCACAGGGAACAGUUCCAUGAACUAUGUACAGAAUUUACAAGGAAGUUUACAUAAUAUUCUACAUUCCAUUAACAACUUGACCUCUGUGUUGACUGUUUGCUUUCAAGCAACAGAUAUCUUUGUUCGUUUUUCUGUCCUCCUCAUCCCAGUAACUGCUGAUGAACCAACAUGAACAAAUGCUUGCACAUUCCUUUACCCUCCCUCCUGGGAUAAAUAUUUGAUUAUAUUUGUUUAGGGGGAAAAAAAAAAAACAACUGUGGCACAUCACCCUUUGUAAAAUACUAUUAAAAAUUGUCCAUAUAAGAAAUCUUGGAGAGCUUUUCCUUCUAACAUUAUAAAUAGAUCUUUUGUUUGUUUGUUUGUUUCACUUGGCAAAUUUCGACUGAGCUCUUUCUGAAGUGAAUAUUUAUAAAGCAGUCAUUGAUUUCAGAAAGAUGGAAUUUGGUCAACAUCUCUGUGUACUGUACGUAAUGCUUUUUAAGGAAAGCCUAUCCUUGGAUCCAUAAAACAAACUUUAUUCUCUGCACCACAUUUUCUCUUUGCAUUUUCAAGAUCCUUCACUGAUUGUAACGGACAGUAAAGACAGUAUAUGUGGAAACACUUUAGUCAGCAGAACUACCAACGAGUCUGCUGUUUCUAUUUGGCAAUGGAGA